UGCAAAUGUCAACCAUUUUAUAUGAGAGAUAUAAAGUACAAGCCAUGUAACGUUAAACAAUAUUUAAGCUGUGUGUUUCUCUUGGAAGAAAAAUAUUCCAGUUCGUUGGACAGUCAUAAAUGUGAAUGCCCUGAAUCAUGUGACUCAAUGAAAUAUGACCCGUAUCUUUCCUAUGGCUCCUUUCCCAAUGUCGCAUCAGCAGCACUUUAUUCAACUUCCGAAAAUACAACAUUAGAAACUUUCAGGACAAAUAUGGUUGCAAUUGACAUCUUCUACGAAGAUCUGAAUUGCAAAUCCCUCAGACAAGAUCCAGCAUAUACCAUACAAAGUUUACUGGGUGAAAUUGGUGGCUUAAUGGGUUUGUUUCUUGGUGCAAGUAUUUUGACCUGGACGGAGUUUCUUGAUGUUGCAGUCAUGAUGAUUUUGACUCGCCUUGGCAUUCAUAAAUAGUCUGCAUACAUCUUUGAUUUAUGUGAGUGUUAUGUAAAUUAUAGAAAAGUUGAAAAGAAAAGCAGCCAUUUACUGAUUCAAUUGAAUCAACAUACAUAGGUUGCAAAAAUCCUGAAUAUUUUUUAAAAAAUAACAAAUGGCAAGUUGCAGUUUUGAAAUCAUUUUUUAAUUUGAUGUAGCACGUGACCAAAUAUUACACAGCACGUGAUAAGUAUUGACAGCACAAACAGAAGAAACAUAACAAAAACGUUAGAGCAAAAAUGUUUUCAUUAUAUGGCGUCUUGUAAUUCAUAAGAAAAUCAUGUUCACCUUCAUGGAUAGAACUUUCAUGUUAAUAUACUCUCAUACAAUUAAUAAUUAUUUUCAAAGAUAUUUGUGUAGAAAUGUCACGUGUUGACGGUGGUGUAGUAAUAUUUAAUCACAUGCUCGGUGGUAGCUGUACAAAAAAUAUAUCACGUGGUACACUACUUGUACUUAGAUUUUAUUACUUAAUUGGUUUGCAAAUAAAUCAUGUUUAGCAUUCAGA